AUGGGGGCGAGCUCGCUUCACUCGUCCGAGAAGGUCGACAUCCACCAGGUUGCCGAUACUGGCGCGACGCAAACGCCAGAGAAGCAGGGCAGCAUGACGGACGUGCCGUUGUCGCAUGUCAAAGGCCUUGGACCCGAGGCGCGCGCCCCGGAUGAGGACAAGGAGAUGGAGAAGAGGGUGUUGUGGAAGAUGGACAUUCGUCUGAUACCCAUGCUGGCCAUUUUAUAUCUGCUUUCUUUCCUCGACCGCGGCAACAUUGGCAACGCCAAGAUUGAAGGCUUGCAGGAGGAUCUAAACAUGGAGCCGCCACAGUACAACUGGUGCCUGACCGUCUUCUUCUUUACCUAUGCGGCGUUCGAGGUGCCCAGCAACCUGCUGCUCAAGCGGCUGCGCCCGAGUCGGUGGCUGCCGACCAUCAUGGUUGCCUGGGGUGUCGUCAUGACGCUCAUGGGCAUAGUCCGGAACUACCACGGCCUGUUGAUCGCUCGCUUGUUCCUAGGCGUCACCGAAGCCGGCCUUUUCCCUGGCGUCGCGUAUUACCUGACGCUGUGGUACUGCCGCCACGAGAUCCAGCUCCGUCAGGCUCUCUUCUUCUCCGCCGCAUCCAUCGCAGGCGCCUUUAGCGGACUUCUUGCCUUUGGCAUCAGCAAGAUGGACGGGGUUGGCGGUCUCGAGGGCUGGCGCUGGAUCUUCAUCCUGGAAGGCAUCGCUACGGUCAUUGUCGCCAUCUGCGCCUUCUUUCUGAUCUACGACUUCCCGGACACGGCCCCGUUCCUCACAGAGGAGGAACGCGACUUUGUCGUACGCCGGCUGAAGUACCAGGGCCAAACCCCCGUAAUGGUCAUCGGGGAGGACAUCCAGGGCGGAGCUGCGACGACGCCAGAGCACUUCCAGGUUGGCGAAGCGGGCGAGUUCCAGUGGAAAUACGUUCGACAGGCCUUUGCGGACUGGCAGAUCUGGGUCAACAUCUUUGUGUACUGGGGGAUUGUCUGCCCGCUAUACGGCAUCAGCCUUUUCCUGCCUACGAUCAUCAAGAACCUGGGCUACACCUCGAGCACCGCGCAGCUGAUGACCGUUCCCAUUUACAUCACCGCUGCCAUCUUGGCCGUCGUCGUAGCAUACUGCUCCGACAGAGUAGGGAAGCGCAGCCCCUUCAUGAUCACGCUGAUGUGCAUCAUGGCCGUGGGCUUUGCCAUGUGUAUCUCGUCGUCGAACCCUCGCGUCGUGUACGGCGGAGUCUUCCUCACGGCCUGCGCAAUCUACCCGGCUUUUCCGGGCGUCAUCACCUGGCUUUCCAACAAUCUGUCCGGCAGUUAUAAGAGAAGCGCUGGAAUGGCCCUCCAGAUUGGCGUGGGAAACUUGGGUGGCGCCAUGGCAUCGAAUUUUUACCGGCAGCCCGACGGCCCUCGAUACUUCCUGGGCCACGGGCUCGAACUCGGCUUCAUCGUGCUGGGCAUCACCGCGGCGUUGAUCUUGCUUGUGUCGUACCGGACCAUUAACAGCAAGCGGCAACGGCGCCUGGCUGCGGGGGAACACCAUGACAUGACGCCAGAGGAGCUGUCUGAGCAGGGCGACAAGGCUGUGACGUUCCGAUACAUGUAUUGA